AUGAAGCUUCUCGCGAGACACAACGCCCCAGCCGUAUUCCGCACCCGGGACUAUGCCUACCUAUGGGAUCGCCGGUGGAUAUGGUGGCGCCGGCUGGGAUACCUCGUCUGCCUUGUCCUCAUUCUCCGAACUACUGCUUGUCUCUUUGAUCAGCCAGUGACAAGCCUCCAUCGGACCCUUUACGAAUCUUUACAACGUCCGGAGAUCCUCCAGCCCGGUCAGUAUCACCCUGUCACUGACAUCCCUCCCGAGGAAAGUACGGUAGCAGAUGACGUUCUAUUCGGGCCCGAUAGGAUGGGCGUGGUACAUGAUCGGAGAGACAAGCAAUUCUACCUCGGUGGCACCUUAACCCUCACCAGCAUUAAGUCUACGGACAGUUCCCACCCAUCCCCAGUGGUUUAUGACCCAUACCCAGCCUACAACAGCCCAAAAUGGAAGAAGCAGUUCCACGGGAAGUUCCAGCCGUGCCUCGGGCCCCGGGGUCGAUAUCUCGAUCGCAAGUCCCCAGAAGAUAUGAUGCAAGUGUAUAAGGGCAAACAAGCUGGAUUCCCAGAACCAAAAUUUGGAUCCUACGAGGCUCUGGAUCUAGACGGAGACGUCUGCACAGACCGAUACUCCCGACUCGGGGUAUAUGGGUAUGACCAGCAUGGCGGGGACGAAGUACCAGGCUUCACGCGGCCUUCUGCGGUGUCCUGGCACGAAGUCGAUUGGCACAUGCUGCAAUCUCACUGUCUAGAAAGGAACGCGGACAGAUUCGAGUCGAUCGACAUGGUGAACUCUUCGAAACAGGAUCCCUUGGCUUUUGAUCUUCCGCAGGCUCCUGAAAAGAUCUCGGAGACGCUGGUCGGUUCUUCAGAGGUGAAGCGGUUCCAUCCUCGAUCGGCGGUGUUGGUUCGGGCAUGGAAUGGGCUAAAUUGGAAUUCUGAUCAUUGUAGAUACCUCCGGGCUUUGAUCAUGGAGCUUUCCUUGCAUUCUGGUGGAGAAUAUCAGGUCUAUCUGCUCAUCCAUGUCAAGGAUGAUGAGCUGCCCAUCUUCUCUGAUAUCAAAACCAUUAAUCGGCUCAGGAGCUCCAUCCCCGCGGAAUUCCGAAAUAUGGCUCUAUUCUUCAACAAUAAGCUUCUGGAAGCUUGGUAUCCCAAGAUCGAAGAGCACAGCCCUCUCUUCCAACACCACCAACCCCUCCAGAUAUUCUCCCAACUCUACCCCCAAUUCGACUACUACUGGCAACUAGAGAUGGACAGCCGCCACACCGGCCACAUCUACCACUUCUUCGACCGAGCCAUCUCUUUCGCCCGCGCCCAACCCCGCAAAUACAUCUGGGAACGCAACGCCUACUUCUACACCCCCGGCCACCACGGCAACUGGACUGAGUUCACAUCCACCGUCAACACAACUCUUUCCGACCGCUCCAGCCACACAAUUUGGGGCCCAGUCUCCGGCACGGGAAUCAGACCUCUAGGCCCCGACCCACCAGUCCCGCACCCAGACCAAGACAACUAUACCUGGGGCGUCGGCGAAGAAGCAGACUUCAUAACCUUCCUACCCAUCUUCAACCCCAAAGACACGAGCUGGACAUUCCCGAACUACAUCUGGAACUUCCGACACGGCACGGACACACCGCGGCGUGCGGCGGUUAUCACGAUGGGUCGGUACUCGAAGCGACUGCUGGGCUUGAUCCACGAGGCGCAGGCGACGAGGGGAUUGGGUCUUGCUUCUGAAAUGACGGGUGCCAGCUGGGCGCUUUUUCAUGGGUUGAAGGCUGUGUAUGUUCCGCAUCCGAUUUAUGCGGAUGGACUAUGGACGGCCGAUGAGCUGGCGAGGAUUUAUAAUCCUGGUCCGCCAGAGAAUAUUAAUGGGGGUGUUGAUAGUAUUUGGAAUUGGGAUCAUCUCUUUGAUCAUAUUAUGUAUCGGCUUUCGUAUAUGUUUACGACGCAUAGUGCGGAGGAUCUGUAUAGGAGGUGGCUUGGAUAUCGGACGGCGGAACAUGAGGGGGGGAGGAUGAUACUUGAGGACAAGUAUGGGCGACAUUGUUUUCCAUCGAUGUUUCUUCAUACUGUCAAGAAUACGGCUCCGGCGAUGGGACCGGACAAGGCUGUUCCAUAA